CCUGUAUGCGGUGGUGAGCCAACUAUUCCAUAGUUAAUUUUUAAAUAGACAUCUGUCCCGUUUUCACUUACUGAAGCCUUACACCGUAUGGUCUGUGGCACUUGAGUUUAAGCGCACCGCAGAGUGUGUUUACCUUUUUCUUUUGGAAACGUGUUCCGGAAACGAAACCCUGAGGAACCAAUCGGAAGUGAUCAUUAGUGAGCGAGAAGUUGGUCGCUGGGAGGCCCGGGCGGGUCGGCUCCGAAUGGAAAGGACUGCGCGGAGAAGUUAGCCCAGGGAUAUCGAGCCGAAGAACCUGGGAAGGGAAGCCCCCUGGAACGGGAAGGGUGAGGAUCUUAGAGGUUUUUCAGUAGAGGCCUUGCGGUGCAUUUUCACUGGUUAAAAAUGACUACUCUUGAGAGUUUAGAAACUAAAGCCACCCUUACUGCAGCCCCAAUCCGGGGAGCAGGAGAUGGAAUGGAAACUGAGGAACCCCCUAAGUCUGAAGUUACCUCUGGAAUCCAACCCGUAAAGCAUCACGUCCGUCAGAGUCCACGAAAGAAAGCAAUUACGUCAGAGAGCCCAGGAGUUCUUCAGCUGGGGAAGAUUCUCACUGAGAAAGCAGUGGAAGUCGAAGCUGUAAGAAUAUUAGUUCCCAAAGCUGCUAUAACUCACGUUGUCCCCGACAAAAAUGCAAAGGUUAAGUCUCUAGGACAUCAUAAAGGAGACUUCCUUGGUCAGUCCGAGGGAGGUGUAGAAGCUAGGAAGGAACGAUCAGAGGUGAAGAAUGUACUGGAAAAGCUCAAGAACUCUGAAAGGAGGUUACUACAGGACAAAGAAGGUCUUUCGAACCAGCUCCGAGUACAGACAGAGGUCAAUCGUGAGUUAAAAAAGUUGCUGGUGGCUUCUGUUGGGGACGACCUUCAGUAUCACUUUGAACGUCUAGCCCGUGAGAAAAAUCAGCUUAUUCUAGAAAACGAAGCCCUAGGUCGAAACACAGCUCAACUUGCCGAGCAGUUGGAGCGCAUGUCAAUACAGUGUGAUGUGUGGCGAAGCAAAUUCCUCGCGAGCAGGGUGAUGGCGGAUGAGUUGACCAACUCCAGAGCGGUUUUGCAGCGUCAGCACCGUGAUGCACAGAGCGCAAUACAGGAUCUCCUGAGUGAACGGGAACAGCUCCGUCAGGAAAUGAGAGCUACCCAGAAGUUACUGGAGGAGCUCUUGGUCUGCCUGCAGUGGGGGAGAGAGAAAACCUACUACCCUUGCACCCAGCCUCACACCACAGCAGAACUAGCACUGACAAAUCACAGGCUGGCAAAAGCCAUAAAUUCUCGUCUUCUGGGAAAUGUUGGCACUAAUGGUCAAAAAAAGACCCCACCAGCAGUUGAAUUCUGCAGCACCCCAGCAGAAAAAAUGGCUGAAACGGUUCUACGCAUUUUGGACCCAGUUACCUGUACAGAGAACUCACCUGAUGAUCCAUUUUCUGAGUCUUCACCAACUACCCUACUUGCUACAAAGAAAAAUAUUGGCCGAUUCCAUCCCUAUACUAGAUACGAAAACAUCACUUUGAAUUGCUGCACUCACUGCCAGGGAGAACUCAUUGUCCUCUAACACUCGGACAUCGGCGGCAGGUCGCAGGCACUGGCUUGUUAUCCGAGAGUCUUUAUCACUUGGGGGGGG